ACAUUGUAGCUGACUUUAUAGGCAAGUCGAGAUCUACAAAUCACCUUGCAUGAUGAAUAACUACUCAAUAUUAUUUAUAGAUCAUUCAGUCAGUCACAAUUUACCCAUGAUACAUCAGUUUUGAUGUUCUCGAACACUGUCUGUGUGACUGCUGAAGGAAGCCUUCUCUGCAUAAGCUUCUUGGUCCCUGACAUAGAGUUGGAUAGAAGGUACAUCUUGACAUCUUAGUCAUGAUGUCUUCUGUGACAGAAUGAGCAGCACCAUUGAGGGCUAUUUCCGUAUUAAAGUAGUUAAUAUCUUCAACUUCCAUAAGUUUAAUAACAGUCGGUAUACCAACUGAAAUGGUGUAUUCAAUGGCUUUAGCCAUGCUAAAACAGGCUUUGAAGCAAGUACGCCCUCUAUUCAACUCUAUCGUCCCUGACUGCUUCAAUGUUGUGUCAACCGGACUUCAAACCUCACACUCAGUGUCUAUUUAUAUAGACUUCCAGUAAGUUAACUUGCAACACAUCUCCACAUCACUCUACUGCAGGGUGGGAGAUGCAACAAUGGCCUUGAGAACAGCAGGAAGUGUGUUGGGGGUCUUUCUCUGGUCUGUAGCAGUGGUACUGGGUCAGGGUGUCUGGAGUGUGACCUACACCAAGAAUAGUAUCUGUGCCUUGAAGGGGUCAACAGUGGAUCUGUCCUGCUCUUACACAUAUCCCAGAGGUCAUAAAGUUACAACAACCACAUGGUAUAACUGGAAGAUGGGUGUCUGGUAUACUUAUGAUAUCCAAGAUAAAUAUGAGGAUCGUAUAGAGUACCGGGGGAAUAAGGAGAAUGACUGCACCCUGACAAUCACAGACCUGAAAUGGAGUGAUGCUGCAGCAUAUUAUUUCAUGUUUUCAACAAAAUCCUCCUCUUGGAUUCCUCGCAAUGACUAUGUCACUCUCAUUGUCACAGAACUGCAGGUGGAGGUAACAGACACAAGUAAUAGGAAGACACUGACCUGUAUCACCACCUGUACUCUGAGUAACCCCAACACCAUCUAUAUCUGGUACAAGAAUGGACAACAUCUAAAUGAGAGCACCUCCCCCCAGUACAAAGACUCAGUCUCCAGUAGCUAUGACGAUAGUUACUCCUGUGCUGUAAAAGGUCAUGAGGAUCUCCUCUCUCCUGCAGUGUGUGUUCAGGGUCAGAGCUGCAACAGAGUGACUUACACCAAGAGGAGAAUCUGUGUCUUGAAGGGGUCAACAGUGGACAUAUCCUGUACUUAUGGUGGUUAUUAUUACACCACAUCAUCAUUCUGGUUCAGAAGUGAUAAGUCGACCCCUGAAGACCUAACCACUGACCCAGGGUAUGCAGGUCGUGUGGAGUACACUGGACCAUACAGAGGUCCCUUCACCCUGAGAAUCACAGAUCUGAGAGAGGAGGACUCAGCUGAGUAUCGCUUCACUUUUAAAACAAACAACUUUGAAUGGGGUCAUAGUUUCCCAGGAACAACUCUGUCUGUCACAGGUCUGCAGGUGAAGGUGACUCCUGCUGCAGAGGGACAGAAGACACUGACCUGUAUCACCACCUGUACUCUGACUGACAACCCCACCUACAUCUGGUACAAGAAUGGACAACGUCUAGAUGAGCCCACUUCCCAACAAUACUCUAGUAAUACCCUAGUAGUGUUGGGUCAUUCUGUGGACAGUUACUCCUGUGCUGUAGAACACCAUGAGGACCUCCACUCUCCUGCAGUGUAUGCUCCAAAGAACACCUCAGUGUCAGUCAGUCCCUCUGGUGAAAUAGUGGAGGGCAGUUCAGUGACUCUGACCUGCAGCAGUGAUGCCAACCCACCUGUGGACAAAUACACCUGGUACAAGAAGAACGUAGCCUCACCAAAAGCAUCAGGACAGAGUUACAGCAUCACUAACAUCAGCUCUGAGGGCAGAGGAGAAUAUUACUGUGAGGCUGAGAAUAAAUAUGGACGACUCAACUCUUCUUCUGUGUCUGUGGACGUUCAGUAUACUACAGCAGUGUUUCUCUGGGUUCCUGUGAUGGGGAUGGGGGCUGUCCUGACUGUUGGAGCUCUGCUACUCACCAUCUACUGCUAUAUGAAGAGGAGACACACAGGAGGAAGUGAUGACACAGCAGACACACAGAGUGUCCAUCCUGACCCCAACAGUGACAUGUACACAUCUCUGAACAUGAAGACCAGGUCACCAGAGUAUGACACCCUGGCAAAUGUGAGGGACUUCGCAGUGACACAGCCCUCAGAUACAUGCUGAGCCCUCCAAUUAUGAGAUCUUAAGAGAACCACCACAGAAACUGGACAGAAGAGAACCACCACAGAACCUGGACUGAAGAGAACCACCACAGAACCUGGACUGAAGAGAAUCACCAAAGAUUCUGGACUGAAGAGAACCACCACAGAACCUGAACUGAAGAGAACCACCACAGAACCUGGACUGAAGAGCAACAGCAUCAAACCAAAGCUAGGCCUCAUAAUGCUAUUCUCUUACUAUGAUAUUGCUUUUUAAUCUAGAAGGUUUGAGACAAUGAGCUUUAACUUUUGAGUUUGUGCACUAACGUUCAAAAGUUUGGGGUCACUUAAAAUGUCCUUGUUUUUGAAAGAAAAGCAAAAAAAUGUGUCCAUUAAAAUAGCAUCUAAUAGAUCAGAAAUGCAGUGUAGACAUUGUUAAUGUUGUAAAUUACUAUUCUACCUGGAAAAUGCAGAUGUUUUAUGGAAUAUCUACAAAGGCAGACAGAGGCCCAUUAUCAGCAACCAUCACUCCUGUGUUCCAAUGGCACGUUGUGUUAUCCAAGUUUAUCAUUUUAAAAGGUAAAUUAAUCAUUAGAAAACCAUAUUGUAAUUAUGUUAGCACAGCUGAAAACUGUUGUGCUCGCUGAUUAAAGAAGCAAUGAAACUGGACUUCUUUAGACGAGUUGAGUAUCUGGAGCAUCAGCAUUUGUGGGUUCAUUUACAGAUUCAACAUGUCAACUUAUCUGUUUACUAUCUGUAGAUUGUAUUGCUUAUCUUUUUUAUGGGAUUUUGCCAAUUCCAGAUUUUUAUAACAUAUAAAGUUAUGUCUUGUCUUAGUGACACAAAAAGGAAUAAUAUUGACAAGAGCUUUUAAAUGUUUGUAUCUCUGGAGUUGUUCCUGAUGUGUUAAAAUAUGUUUUACUUUGUAUUGCUGUCAGUCAUUACUGGUCAUUCUCUAUUUUAUAUUAUGUAAUACUAUAUUGUUCAGUGUCAUGAUAUUGCUUGUUUCAUUAUCAAAUAAUUAAUAAUGACAUAUUUUAGACACAUUGAAUACAGUAUAAGCAUCAUGUUGUAAAUAAGCUCAAAGGUAGACAAUAAAUAGACAACAAAUA